AAAACAGGAGCCGAUGCGCAGAAUCAUCAUCAGUUCAUCAAUCACCUCGUUCAGUUUAAAUCGUACUUUUCGAAUUAGGACUGAAGAUGUUGUUCAGCAUAAUUUUAUCAGCUAGUUUAGCACUGAUGGUUUCCGGGGCUAGCCUUCAUCAUGGGCACGCGAAGAAAGAUCAUGUCAAGCACAAACGACAUGCCGGCGGAUAUCAGGCACCGGUAGCUUAUCCAGUUGUCGAAUACGAAUACCUUCCAGAGCCAGUCUACUAUCCGCAAUAUGAACCAGUGUAUUAUCCGCACUACGAACCGCUGCCGUACUACGAGCCUUACCAACCACCGUACGUGGCCCCGAAGAAGCCGUGUAGGAAGCCGACCCCAACUACCACAACGACGACGACUACCACUACCACCACCACAACCAAGAAGCCUCCGAAAAAGUUCCCUACACUGAACAAAAAGUUAAUGCUCCUACCAACGAAAAAGGCCGGUUUACCACCGCUACUGCAGAAUGUGCUGGAUAUGAAGUAUGGGACCACGACCACGACAACGCCACGUCCUUACUAUUACUAGGAUUUUGCGAUCACUACUGAAACACUUAACUUAAAAACUAUGAAAGCAAUAAAAUAAAAUAAUUUUAAAUUUCACACUGAAAAAAAUG